CAUGGUCGGCGACCACUGCAGCCUGCCCGCCGAUCGGCCCGUGCUCGCCGCGAGCCCCAAGGCCGGACUGAGCUGCAAGAUGGUGCUGCAGGCGGUGGGCAAAGUGCUGCGGAAGUCCAAGGGAAAGCCAAAUGGGAAAAAGCCAGCACCGGAAGAGAAGAAACUUUACCUAGAGCCAGAAUACACAAAAUCCAGAAUUACUGACUUCGAAUUCAAGGAGCUAGUGAUGUUACCACGAGAAAUAGACCUCAACGAGUGGCUAGCCAGCAACACAACAACUUUCUUUCAUCACAUCAACUUGCAAUAUAGUACAAUCUCGGAAUUCUGUACAGGAGAGUCGUGUCAGACCAUGGCAGCGUGCAAUACACAGUACUACUGGUAUGAUGAGCGGGGAAAGAAGAUCAAGUGCACUGCUCCUCAGUAUGUUGACUUUGUCAUGAGUUCGGUGCAGAAGCUAGUGACAGAUGAGGACGUCUUUCCGACAAAAUACGGCAAAGAAUUCCCAAACUCAUUUGAGUCCUUAGUGAAAAAGAUCUGCAAGUACCUGUUCCACGUGCUGGCCCAUAUCUACUCCUCACACUUUAAGGAGACUUUGGCACUGGAGCUGCACGGACAUUUAAACACACUCUACACACACUUUAUCCUAUUCAUCAGGGAAUUCAACCUGGUGGACCCUAAAGAGACCACCAUCAUGGACGACCUCACAGAGGUCCUCUGCAGCAGCAGCAGCAGCGGGAGCAGCAGUAAUGGGAGCGGCAAUGGGAGCAGCAACAGCGCAGCAGCACAGAACCAUGUGAAAGAGAGAUGAGCCUUCCUACAGGAUCAAAACUAACAUUAAAGACAAUAUUAUAUAUUUUGUAUGUAUAUGUUCAGAUAUACAUACAGGCAUACACAACAAUGAGAGCUGAAAGAAAUUAUGCUGCCACCACAGGACAUGUAGUUGUAUGGGACUGUAUGGAGCUUUGGUUUAAUGCCAGCUGGCGAGAAGUUGCACCAAUCUUAUUUUAUUUUCUCUCCACUCCUUUUACUUGUUCAGAUGGAUGAUGAGUGCUGUUUUUAGAGAAGAGCCAAGCUUGAGAGUGGGGCCACUCUUGUUUUUGUUUUGGUUUUUCUUUCUUUGGUCUUGAGUGCAAGCCCUCUGUCUUUCCAGGAUGGUGGUCCUGCCAUUUUAAAAAUAUCUAUUAUAUUAUAAGAAGUGACUUUUACUUUGAAGUGGCUUAAAAUGCAGAUUUAUUUGUUUGUUUUUGGGGGCGGGGGGUUGUUUUUUUUGGUUUGGUUUUACAUAGACUGCCCCUCCCCAUGCCAAAAACUCCUCAGUCAAGUGCAUCUUGCCCUUUGCUAGCUUGGAAUGGGAAGAAACUCCUGGCUUGACUAGAGUAGCAGUUAGGGGCUUGCUACAGGUUGAGAGUGGGUGUGAUCCUCCAGUUGUCCCCUCUACCUGGUCACAACCCGUGAACAUGCGAGAUGAUCCACAAGCCUUUCUGCUUAUUGCUCCUACACCAUAUAUACUCUCCUCUCUGCUUCCCCCUGUCUCGCCUCCUGUUCCUGUGGGCACGCACCUCAGUGAACAAAAGC